AUGGCUAUUAAAAAUUUUUCAUACGAAUGUAUUGAUGCUUGGAAAAACAAAUUACAAAAGGAGAAUACCCGAAUUUACUGGAUCGGUAAUUAUUAUGAUAAUGAAGUAUAUGACGACACGGAAUUAAGUGCCGAAACAUUGGAUAUUUUAGUGAAUAAAUGCGCCAAUAUAUUGAAAGGAUUUCAAUUAAAGGAUAAGCCGAUAGUGUUAUAUUUACCCAAUGUUUUACAACUUCCUAUUAUUGCAUUGGCCACACUUCGAAUAGGACUAACUGUUUUACCCAUUAGUGCCACAAAUGAAGAUGUCAAUUGCUUACAUGAUAUAAUGAAGAGUAGUGGUGCUGACACAGUGGUGACAAUUGAUGGUUUCUGGAUGGGAACUCGAUUGAUCAGAACUAAAGAGCUUCUGGAUGCAGCAAUCACUGACAUUGGAAUACAACGUGUACUUGUCAUACGACACGUAAGUCCGGACAAAGGAAUGCCACCACCACAAGUGAAUUUGAUCGGCAGACGACCUUAUUACAUGUACAAGCAAAAACGAGAUUCAUGGUGGAGUGGAUUCUUCCCAAAAGCAUCCACCUCUUGUAAAGCAGAAACGGUUUCCAACGAGUCCAUUGCACUGCUUCUACCUAUCAGAAAUGCUUCUUCCGCUGAAUUAUUACCCAUUUCGUUGGAAAGACUCCAGACGGAAAUUACUCAUGUUCAAAGUGCUAUACAUCCAGACGAACCAAGCUUAAUCAUCAGCACAACAAAUAUUUUCCACCAGAUUAUCUGUACUCUGGCAGCACUGAGAGUGGGAGCCGUACCACUUAUUGCGAGUUCCCUUUAAUUAAUAGCUUGAAAGUAAACAGUUUGUCUCAUAACCAACAUAUUCUGAGAGUCGGAUAAAUCAAAGUUACAUUUUCAGUAUGAAAGUGACAUUACACAUCCCGACCCGUCAAGAACUUCACAAAUUAUGUACACUUACAAGGUGGCAAAACUACUGAUAGCGGAAGAAGACCUCAAUGUAUUGAUGGAAUACAAACAGUAUAUAACUUUCUGGGACCUGAAAAUCCUCAAAGAAAUCCUGGUCCUUGGAAGCAACACAUUAUGCAAGCAAACAGAAGAAAUUUUCCGUGUACCCUGCAGAAAUAUUGAGCCGACACCAGUCUAACAAAAU